AUGGAUGCCCCGAAAGAUGGAGGGGUUGCUCCUUCCCUCACUGCAGCUGCCAAAGGGGCGGACCUCGCCAUGGCCCGAGGGCUGCUCUGCGCUCUGCUCGGGCUCCAGGGCUGUCUGGCUGCAGUCUUCAUCACCCAGGAGGAGGCCCACGGCGUCCUGCGCCGGCAGAGGAGAGCCAACGCGUUCUGGGAGGAGCUGCGGCCCGGCUCCCUGGAGCGCGAGUGCAAGGAGGAGCAGUGCUCCUUCGAGGAGGCCCGCGAGAUCUUCCGGGACAUGGAGCGGACGAAGCAGUUCUGGAUUUCCUACAAGGACGGGGACCAGUGCGCCUCAAACCCAUGCCAGAACGGGGGCUCCUGCGAGGACCAGCUCCAGUCCUACGUCUGCUUCUGCCUCCCCGACUUCGAGGGCCGGAACUGCGAGACGAAGGAAAACUGAUCUCGCAACGAGAACGGUGGCUGCCAGCAGUACUGCCGCGACCACGCGGGGGCCACGCGCUCCUGCUGGUGCCACGAGGGGUACUCGCUGCAAGCGGAUGGCGUGUCCUGCGCACCCACAGUUGAAUACCCGUGUGGAAAAAUACCUAUUCUGGAAAGAAGAAACACCAGCAUGCCCGAAGGCCGAAUUGUGGGGGGCAAGGUGUGCCCCAAAGGGGAGUGUCCGUGGCAGGCCCUGCUGGCAGUGAAUGGCGUUCUGCUGUGCGGGGGCACCCUGGUGGACCCCAGCUGGGUGGUGUCCGCAGCCCACUGCUUUGACAGAGUCAAGAGCGGGAAGAACUUGACGGUGGUGUUGGGCGAGCACGACCUCAGCCAGGAGGACGGCGACGAGCAGCCCCGGCGCGUGGCGCAGAUCAUCCUGCCGGCCGCCUACAGCCCCAGCUCCCAGAACCACGACGUGGCCCUGCUGCGCCUGCGCACGCCGGCCCGCCUGGGCGCGCACGUGGCGCCGCUGUGCCUGCCCGAGCCCGCCUUCGCGGCGGGCGCGCUGGCCGCCGUGCGCUUCUCCACCGUGAGCGGCUGGGGCCGGCUGCUGGAGCGCGGCGCCACGGCGCGCGAGCUCAUGGCCGUGGACGUGCCGCGGCUCAUGACGCAGGACUGCGAGCGGCAGUCGCGGCAAGGGCCGGGCUCGCGGCGGGUCACCGAGAACAUGUUCUGCGCCGGCUACGCGGACGGCAGCAAGGACGCCUGCAAAGGCGACAGCGGGGGCCCGCAUGCCACGUGCUACCGCGGCACCUGGUACCUGACGGGCGUGGUCAGCUGGGGUGAGGGCUGCGCGGCCGCCGGCCACUUCGGGGUGUACACCCGGGUGUCGCGCUACGCCGACUGGCUGCGCCGGCUCAUGCGCUCGGAGCCAAGCCCGGGCUUCCUGCUGCGCGUCCCGUUCCCCUAGUGCGCCCUGAGAUGCGCCGGCCCCAGGUGGCUGUGGGGGUAGGGGAGGGGACACAGACAGAGAGGGAGAGACAGCUGCGAGGCCUGGCGCACUGUUUGUAAAUAAAGUCUAUGGAGCACA